AUUUCAUCGUCCCCGUUCAACAAAAAUCUCAAUGGCUUUUUCCUUAUUCACUUCUUUCACCCACUCCCCUCUCCGCCCAUCCGUACAGCGGCGGAAUCCAGCCGUGGUUGCGUCGGCGACCUCCACAGCGACGGAUCGAACGACGGGGCUGCGUUUCGGCGUCGAAAUGUCAAUUGGGCAUUCGUCGUUUUACGAGGUGCUUGGGAUUCCGACGACAGCUUCUACCCGGGAGAUCAAGGCGGCGUACCGGAAACUGGCGAGGAUCUGUCAUCCGGAUGUGGUGGCGAAGAAUUCGGCGGAGGAGUUUAUUAAGAUUCAGGCGGCGUAUUCGACAUUGUCGGAUCCGGUUAAAAGGGCGGAUUACGACAGGAAGAUUUACAGAGGUCGAGUGAUUUCGGUUUCGGGUACGCCGGUGUCGGGAUAUUCCGGUUACUACACGCGGCGGAAUUGGGAAUCCGACCAAUGUUGGUAGCGAAAUUGAAUUAAAAAAGAUGUAAAAAUCAGGGGCGGAUUUCAAGAACAGAAUUAAUUAUGCUUUUAAUUAUUAUUAUUAUUAUUAUCUACUGUGAAUAAUUCUGGAGCUGGUGGAGCAAGCGAGCGAGCGACGUCGUUUUGAAAUGUAUAUUAUCUUGCAAUUCAAUUGACUGUUAACUGUCCCCAUUUUAUA